CGGACCCCGUUAUACCCCUCUCUCCUUCCUUCUCCUCAUCGGUAUUCCAACCGCGCCAGAGUCACCGCCGCCGCCGGUCUCAUUGUUGCAUUCUCCACCACUCCUUCUGCACCUCUUCUCCAGUAACUCCUGCAUCGCUUCCGGCGUCUCUGCCCGCCCGCGUCGCUGCCGUCAGCAGCGUCUCUGUUCAGUGCUCUGCCCAUCCUCUCCGCUGUGUUGCUGCCCUGCUUCAUCCCUGCCUUGCUGAAUCAGAUCACCAAGCUCCGUCAGCCUCCGCUGCCACUUCAGACUUCGCAGUGAAAGCUGAAAAACAAAUUGAAGAGGAUGAAGACGGAGUACAAGAGGCUGAAAGGAAGCCAGAGCUUCAGGCAGCGCCUUCUUCUUGCUACUCUCUCUUCAACUCCCAUAAUCAUUGAUGAUAUUCGUGCCGACGAGACUUGGCCUGGUCUCCACAACCACGAGAUCUCCCUCCUCCGCUUGUUUGAGACUGUCUCCGAUGAUUGCCUCGUCCAAAUCAAUGAAACCGGCACCAAAUUGAAAUAUAAACCCGGCAUUAUUAUGGGUGGCACACAGCACCGUCCCCACGACUGCGGUGUGUCUCGCUCCAUUGCUUAUUUCCUGGAGCCGCUCAUACUUCUUGGUUUGUUUGCCAAGAAGCCCCUCACCAUCACCCUCAAAGGGAUCACAAAUGAUUUUAAGGAUCCAUCAGUUGAUACUUUCAAGUCUACUGCUUUGCCCAUGCUAAAGCGCUUUGGGGUCCCUGCUGAAGGCCUGAGUCUUAAAAUAGAGAGUCGUGGAGUACCUCCGAAUGGUGGUGGAGAAGUUGUUUUGUCUCUUCCUGUUGUUCAGAGUCUAUCUGCAGUUAAUUGGACUGAAGAGGGAUUUGUUAAGAAGAUUAGAGGAAUCACAUUUUCAACCAAAGUGUCUGCUCAGUUUGAAAAUAGCAUGAUUAGAGCUGCCCGUGGAAUCUUCAAUCCACUACUUUCAGAUGUGCACAUUUUCACUGACCACCGAUCAGGUCCACAGGCCGGAAAUUCACCCGGAUAUGGGAUUUCAUUGGUAGCGGAGACUACUACCGGUUGCUUGAUAUCUGCAGAUACAGCCGUUUCUCAUGCUAGGCAUGAAGAAACAACUGGUCUUGAGGAUGAUUCAAAAAAAGAUUUGAUGCCUCCAGAGGAUGUUGGUCGUGGAAUUGCAAAUAUUUUGCUUGGGGAGAUUGCUCAAGGGGGUGUAGUAGAUUCAACACAUCAGGGUCUGUUAUUUCUUCUAUGCGCUCUGUGUCCUCAAGAUUUUUCAAAGAUUCGUGUUGGAAAACUUUCCCAGCAUGGGAUUGAAACUCUCAGAAACAUAAGGGAUUUCUUGAAUUUGAAGUUUGUUAUAAAACCAGACCCUCAAACACAGUCGGUUUUGCUCAAGGGUAUGGGUUAUGGCAUGAAGAACCUUUCUCGAAAGAUCUCUUGAAAAUCGUCGACAGUUGUAUAUUCAAAGGGAGUCUAAUGUAUUGGAUAUCUUAGCAACGACAACGAAUGAACUUAGAAAAGAAUGUAACUGCAGCUUGACUGCGUAAUCUCAUGCCAUUGUUCAUGGUCUUGCAAGAAAAUGGGAGUGAUGGUGUUGUAUACUGGUGAAGUUUGUCAAGCUCGGUUUUGAAAUGUAAUCCAAUUUUGUUAGUUACAUGUUUUUAGCUUUACUCUUCAUUCAAUUAUAUAAUUUUUCCUCUAA